UCCUCUUUGAGCUCCUUCCCCCCUCCCCUGCUGCUGGUUGUUUCUAUCCCCUCCUCCUUUUUCGCCCAAAAUCCUCUCUUUCUCACUCACUCACUCACUCCGCCAGUCGCUCCACUCAGUCACAGAAACGAAUCAUCGAGUCAAUGCUACAUCCACACCCAGAGAGAUGAAAUCGCAGAACGAACAAAAAGAUGAGAAUCAGCCAACAUUCGAACCAGAAACCGAGACAAGAAACAAUGGCAUGGUGAUCAUUGAGUAAUUAGAAGAAACAGAGGACUUGAAACGAGAAACAGAGCUCUCCCGAAACGAGAGAAGAAGCAGGAAGGAGGAAGAGGAGAAGCAUAACCCAGUAAUCUUAAUCCUUUUUUUUUUUUUGCUAAAUGUAAUCUUAAUCCAUUGAUUUGGUGAUUGGCACCCUUCAAUUCAUUCACCUUCGUCGUCGUCGUCAUCACCGAUUCGCCAUCGCCAUUGCCAUCUUCUUCUUCGUCUGGUUCAGUUUUCUUCUUCUUCUGUAUGUCUUUCUCUCUCUUCGUGGAAGGGACGUGGGCGCGUGUGUGCGACCUAGGGCAAGCAAGCACAAGCAAGGCAGGCAGCAUAUUCUUUCUCCCUCCCUCCCCCGUCUCUCUCUCUCCGAGAGGAGAGGGGAGCUGAGGUACAGACAGCUCAGCAGCAAGCAAACAAAUUUUGCGCCUCCUCACACACUCUCUGCCUGCCUUUAAUGAAACUUCCCCUCACAAAUACCUCCUGGCACUCCAAACUAAUCCUCCCCCUCAUCCCCCCUUCUCCACCCCUCCGGUCGCGGGCCCCCAUGGCCGCAGCCGCCGCCAUCUCCCCCCUCUCCCUCCGCCGCCACCACCGCCGCCGUGACAAGGUCGUUGUCAUUAUGGGUGCCACCGGCUCCGGCAAGUCCCAGCUCUCCGUCGACCUCGCCGCCCUCUUCCCUUCUGAGAUCAUCAACUCCGAUAAGAUGCAGGUCUACGCCGGCCUCGACAUCACCACCAACAAAAUCUCACCCGAGGACCGCCUCGGCGUCCCCCACCACCUCUUAGGCUCCGUCGACCCGGACGCCGGCGAGCUCACCCCAUCCGACUUCCGCUCGCUCGGUCAAUCCGUCAUCGGGGACAUCAGUUCCCGUCAGAAGCUCCCCCUCAUUGCCGGUGGGUCCAACUCGUUCAUUCACGCGCUGCUCGCAGAGAGGUUCGACCCCGACGCCGACGUGUUCGGCGGGUUCGACUCAGUGAGUCACGAGCUCAGGUACAACUGCUGCUUCCUCUGGGUCGACGUCUCGUUCCAGGUCCUGGACGAUUACCUGCGGAAGCGGGUCGACGACAUGCUCCACUCCGGGAUGUUCGAGGAGCUGGUACGGUACUAUGACCCGUGCCGGGUCGACCCGCCGACGCGGACCGGGCUGAGGAAGGCCAUCGGGGUCCCCGAGUUCGAGCGCUGCUUCCGGAGGCGCCCUCCGCGGAGGUGGGACACAUGGGCGGGGCUGGACCCGCUGCGUAGGGCCACCUACGAGGAGGCAGUUAGGGAGAUAAAGGACAACACGUGUCAGCUGGCGAAGAGGCAGAUUGGGAAGAUCCUGCUGCUGAAAGAAGGGGGGUGGGACCUGAGGAGGCUGGACGCCACGGAGGCAUUCAGGGCGGCGAUGGCGGCGCCGGGCCCCGGGAAGGGGCUGAAGUGGGCCGAGAUUUGGGAUAGUCAGGUCCUGGGCUCCAGCACCAAGAUUGUGAAACGGUUCCUGGAGGAGUAGACAGAGAGGAAGAGAACCCUUUCUUUCCUGUUUGUUACAUAUUCUCGGGGGACUGGUUCGUCAUUGGACUGGAUUUUCUCUCCGAGUUCGGGGCGGGGCCGGUUCGGACUAACGAUCGGGUCGAUCAGACGAAAUGAGACUGAAAAUACUGUCGAGCGCGAUCGGUCCCAAUUCCGUGUUUCAGAGUGGAUUUGGGGCAGCAUAGAGGGGGCGGCCAAUUUUGGGGGGACGGCGGUGGAUUUUGGCGGAGGAGAAGCCUUUCACACGGCGGAAGCAAAAUGACUCCCAAGUUAAAAUAGGAUUUUCAUUUUCCUCCUUCUUCCAACGAAGAGAAGGAAAAACAGAGUUUUUUUUUUCGCCUUUUUUCUUCUUACUGAUUAAUGUUAUAUUUUCUCUUGGAAUUUAUGCAUAAAAGGCUCGCAAGGGGCAAUGUAAAUUUUGCAAUGCGGAAGGAAAUUUUGUUCAUGUGGUA